GGAAGACUAGGCAUACUCUGAUGACCCCAAACACGAGCCCUUGAUACCAACAGGGCCAUGCAAAAGACUCACGCAUCGUCGAAUAUCCGAAGUCGGGUGGAAUGAACGGGCUAAAUUGCGCGGCGUAUCGAUAAGGCGCACGGACUUUACACGUCUUCCCUUCAACACGCGCCAAAACGCAAACAUCCUCCCUCGAGCCCAUCGACACGCAUUGCUACAUGCAAGGAGUCGCGCGUUUGGGAUGGACGAUACAGUACCGCCGCAUGUUCCUGUCGGACGCUACCAACCCCGAUCACAGCAAUCGGCAAGUUAUGCCUUCUUGAACCACUCGUCGGCGACGCUGCCGAACAAUCUGCCGCCUGCGGUGGAUGACAAGCCAUUGGCCAGGCAGAAGCGGAGGAGGACGAGUCCGGAAGAUCAGGCUGUCUUGGAAGCGGCAUAUCUUCGCGACUUCAAGCCCGACAAGGCCGCGCGAUUGGAGCUUGUGAAACAAGUUGGCCUCGGCGAGAAGGAGGUGCAGAUCUGGUUCCAGAAUCGAAGACAGACGUCUCGUCGGAAGUCGAGACCACUACUUCCUCAUGAAAUUGCCCAGUAUCAUUUGGAACGAUCCGGCGCCUCUCCAAUCAGCUCGCAAGCGGCGACUUCUUCCACGGCUGGAGUGUCCGACAAUAAGGGAACGUUUAUGCCUCCACCACUUACUUCGGUUAUCGAUAGCCGUCCUGGCCAGAUCCGGACCUCGCCCUUUAGCCAUGGUGGAAGCUCCCCAGAUGCGCCAGAGACUUCCAAAGGUCUCGAUAGCUCAGCCAGCUGCUCGGACGCAUCACCCUGGUCAGCUGGAGGUAGCAGCCAGGACGGACGAGUUGUCGUCGAUGAGUUUGCAACUGGAGGCCACCUCGCGAAAAGAAAAAGUGCACCUUCAUUGCGCGUGCAUCAUUCCUUUGAUGCGAAGACGGCCUCGGGUACUAGCCAUGGUAACGGCAACUCAAUGUCCCACCUGAAGAGGUCCUCUUCCAUCGUCCGAUUGUCUUUGUCGAGCGAGGGAAGUGCCUUAAUCGUCACCAACGACGGCUCUUCUCCAUCCCCGCCGCGACCUGCUCAGACGCUUCUGCCGGACAUUGCACAGAACAAUCCACUACCAGCACCGAGACUCUCUGCAGUCACAAGCAGCGAGGCAAUUACAGAGCCUCUGAAACGUGCUUCCAUUGGGCGGUCUCGAGAUUCCAGGGCCUGGGAAUUCUGGUGUGACAAGGACGCUCGCAGCGAACUCGAGGACAAGGCCGAAAAGGAUGCAAGCGGAUCUGCUGCUGACGCCAUCGACCUGUUGCGUUCCACGACAGGAAGGAAGAUCUUGGGCACGCUAUCAACGGGCAAGAACACCUUUCUCGCCCGACGUUCGUCUGCGCUGCACCGCAGUUCCACCGGACUGAAGCCACCUUUAAUCCGACGAGCGAGCACAUCCUUCAUGCGGAUGCCAACGAAAUCGUACGCUGGCGUGGCUGGUGUGUCCAAGUCGCGACCGAAACUCCAAACGGGGGACAGUGCGAUAUCAGUAUAUGUUCCAGGGAACGACUCGGACAAGGAGAACUGGUCUCCCGCCAGUGUCGUCCACUCUGAUGACAGUCUGGACGUACGCCGAGCAUCAAAGGGUCAAGACUCGUCCCGCCGUUUUGGAAACGAGAACAUCGCGCCCGAAGACGAUGCUGAAGUUCGGGCAUUCAUGCGUGGAGGCAAGAGCAACAUUGUGUCGGAAGAGGAUGAUUUUGACUGCGUUCAGAGCUUGCUGUCCUUGAGCCAAGGAAACUGGCGGUAGACAAUUGGUCGCCGUGUUGUAUUGAAGUGCAUUUUUGAAUCAGCUCUGUCCACUUCUGCGGUCUGGUCGGUUGUAGGGUGCCUCCAGGUUAGGUUUCUCUUUAAAACUUCCAGAUUUGUCCACCCAUGGCCUGUUUCAUCGGCUGCGGUCCACUCUUCGGGCUUACGAGUCAGCAUGACCUAGGCUCGUAUUUGAAGGCCUGGAGCCCACCGCCUUCGAACAUUUACACUGGUGUUUGGGCUCACUCUGAUCUACAAUCGAUAUUCAUGGAGAUGUAAGGACUCGCCUAAUCCUACCCGAUCGGUCAACG